AUGGUGCCAUUAGUCCAUUUCUUUCUUUCCUUUUUUUUUAAUUUUCUUGGCUAUUUCCUUCUUUUUCGUUUCCUUAGUUUUCUCUUUCUUUCUUUCUUUCAUUUCAUAGCUUCUUUUUCUUUCUUUCUUCAUUCUUUUCUUUCUUUUAGGGUUUCUUUUCUUUCUUUCUUUCUUUCUUUCUUUUUUUUUUAUUUCAUUGGUUACCUUUUCCUUUCUUCCUCUCGUUUUAAUUUCCUUUUUUCCUUUUUUUUUUCCUUUUUUUAUUUCCAUUUCUUUUUUUUUUUUUUAAUUUCCUUUCCUUUUUCUUUUUCUUUUUCUUUUUUUUAUUUUUUCACCUUUUCCUUCCUUUUUCGUUUUAUUUCUUUCUUUCUUUCUUUCUUUCUUUCUUUCUUUCUUUCUUUAUCCAUCCAUUCAGCCACUAUUUAUUUUUUCUUCUUUUCUUUCCGAAUUUCUUCAUUUAUUUCCUUUUCAAUUCAUUCUUUUUUUUUCUUUCUUUCUUUCUUUCUUUCUUUUCUUUUCUUCCCAUCUUCAUUUGCUUUCUUUUCUUUUUUGUACAUAUUUUCUUUCUUUUUUCAUUUCUUUUUUUCUAUUAUUCUUUCUUUUCCUUUUUCUCGUUUCAUAUAUCUUUUUCUAUUCCUUUUAUCUAAUUUCUUCCUUUCUUUUCAUUUCACAAAUUUUUUUUUCUUUCCUUUAUUUUUCAUCAUUGAUUUUUUUUUUCUUUUCUUUUUUCAUUCUUUUCAUGUAUUUUCUUUUUUUUUCUUUUUUUCAUUUCUUGAAUUUCUUUUUUUUCUUUUUCUCAAUCAGAUUUUCCUUAAAGACUUUUUUCUUUUCAUUUUCAUUUUAACGUUUCUUAUUUUAAAAAAAAGAUUUCAUUGUUUUCUCUUUUCUUUUUUCUUUUUUCUUUCUUUCUUUCUUUUGAAUUUUUUCUUUCUUUCUUUCCCAGACAGACAUUUCUUUCUUUUGAUUAGAAAAUGUUUCCUAUUUCUUCUUUCUUGUUUCUUUCUUUCUUCUUGUAUUUUCCUUGAUUUCUUUUCUUUCUUUUCUUUUUCAUUUAAAAUUUAUUUCAAAAAUAUAACUUUCUUUUUUUCAUUCCUUUUCUUUCUUUUCGCAAGAGAUUUCUUUUCUUUCUUUCUUUAUUCAGAUUUCUUUAGCUUUCAUAUAUUUCUUUCUUUUUUUCAUUUAUAUUCUAUUUCUUUCUUUCUUUGGAGAUUUUCGUGUUUUAGUUUUCUAUUUCUUUCUUUCUUUCUUUUUCAUUUCUAUUUCUUUCUUUCUUUUUCUUUCUUUCUUUUUGAUUUCCUGUUUCCUCUUUCUUUCUUUCUUUCUUUCUUUCCUUUAUCCAUCCAGAGCAAUUUAUUUUUUUCUUCUUUUUCUUUCCGAAUGUUAAUAUUCUUCAUACAUUUUUUCAUUCAUUUGUUUCUGUUUUUUUCAUUCCAUUUUUCAAUUCAAUCCUUCUCUCUUUCUUUUGCCUCCCAUCUUCAUUUGCGGCCUUUUUGUAAAUUCACUUUUCUUUAUUUUUCUUAA